AGACUAAAACAAUAUCGUUAGUCACUGUGAACUAUUUGUUCUCAUUCCUGUAUAAAAUUUAUUAGCAAUAACAAUUAAUAUGUUGAACCCUCCUCUGUUACCAUGCCAACAUAGAAUCAUGCCAGAUAUACAGAUGUCAGCUACCUCAAACCAAUACACAGCUAUGCGUCAAAUGCAAGAACAUUUCUCUGCAUCAACUUCAUCUCCAUUACUUCACGUAUCGACAGGAAGACGAGAUUAUCAGCCUUGGAUUCAAGAUACUCAGCGUCACGUUGGAAAUAAUAAAGUGUCGUCGUAUAUUGGAACAAGCUCGGCAUAUAUUUUAGAGGCUGCCGCUUCACAAGGUCACUUCUGUUUGUCUGGUUCUGUAUUACGUGAUAUGCCAGAAAAAGAUGUAACCGAAACAAGAAAGUUACCAUGCCAUGUUGAAGCCAAUUGUAAUGCUCUUGAAGCGAGUUCAUGCAGGACUUGUUUUCCUCGUCCACAUCUUCCCACAUCGAUAGGUUUGUCAUCAAAUCAUUUCAUAAACCCAAAUGUUAUGUCGGCAUCACCAGUACGAAAUUUAGCAACCUGCUCUCCACCGAGAAAUUUUCAGACUGAGUUUACCAACGGUCCUGGGGCUGCUGCGGCGUGCCACAUGAACCCAAGACUGUAUGAGAUUCCACCGCAAAUAGACACAACUGAACUAUCAUUAUGGAGGAUGAGAAAUCAUCGCUAUCAACCCUACUCACAUCGUUUGGCAUCUCACUCACAUCUUCCUCAUGCACAAGGGUCUUCCUACAUGCCGCAUCUACUUUCACAUCGGGUAUCGCAACCGAAUCAGUUUUCAACUCCGAGUCAGUGUAAUUUUGUACCGGGGUUUCCAUCCGGAGCCUCCGUGCACCACGCGGCACUGUUGGCACUUGGAGAUAGGCUGACAGCUACGUCAUCUAUUACUCGAAGAUGCGCCAGAUGUCGAUGUCCAAAUUGUCUUUCACCGACAGAAUUGAGAAAUGCUAAUGGAAAGAAAGAACACAUUUGCCACUUUCCUAAUUGUGGAAAAGUUUACGGAAAAACAUCGCAUCUGAAGGCGCACAUAAGAUGGCAUCUUGGCGAACGACCUUUUGUUUGUAAUUGGUUAUUUUGCGGAAAAAGUUUUACAAGGAGUGACGAAUUACAGCGGCAUCUUCGAACUCACACAGGCGAGAAGAAAUUUCAAUGUCAGAUUUGCGAGAAAAAGUUCAUGAGAUCAGAUCACUUAUCAAAACAUGUUAAAAUUCAUCGUAAAAAAUCACAACAAAAUAAUACUGAUGAAGAACCACAGGAAAAGACUGAAAAUGACGAAGAAUCCACGAAGAAAUUAGAAACCUGAAGCGUUCUAACAAGGACUAUACUAGACAGUUCUGCACCGAAGAAAAGCAUUCUAAAGGAAAAUUCGAAUUCAUGACCUGCAAGAUUCGAAUGUAGAUCCACCAUCGACUGAAUGGAACUAUUAAUAUUCAUGUAAACUUUUUCACGAACAUACCUCUUAGAAUUCAGUUUACCAAUUUUAGUUUAUUUAUGUAUAAACCGUUGGUAGUUUUUAACACGAAAUGAAUGGACACAUGA